AACAAGAAUCACCUGAGUUCAGUGAAAGAGAAACUUAAGUGUAGUUGAGCUGUUGUGUGUUUGUGUCUCUGUGUUCAUGCUGUAAAAUGGCAGAAGCCAGAAUUUCUCAGGAGGAGUUCAUGUGUUCAGUGUGUCUGGAUCUCCUGAAGGAUCCAGUGACCAUCCACUGUGGACACAGUUACUGUAAGAUCUGUAUUACAUGCUUCUGGGAUCAGGAGGAUCAGAUGAGAGUCUACAGCUGUCCUCAGUGCAGACAGACCUUCAGUCCAAGACCUGCUUUAGCUAAAAACACCAUUCUGGCUGAAAUGGUGGAGAAACUGAAGAAGAUUAAACUUCCUGCUGACUGUUACGCUGGAGCUGGAGAUGUGCAGUGUGACGUCUGUACUGGAAGAAAACACAAAGCCGUCAAGUCCUGUCUGGUGUGUCUGGAGUCUUACUGUCAAACUCAUUUUGACCGUCAUGAGGAAUUUCACUCUCGUAAGCCACAUAAAGUGACUGAAGCCACUGGACGACUGCAGGAGAUGAUCUGCCCGAAACACGACAAGAUCCUUGAGGUUUUCUGCCGCACUGAUCAGAAGUGUAUAUGUGUGCUGUGUACAAUGGAUGAACAUAGAAACCACGACACUGUAUCAGCUGCAGCACAGAGGACAGAGAAACAGCACCAGAUGAUGAAGACGCAGAAGUGGUUCCAGCAGAGGAUCCAGCAUAGAGAGAAAGAUCUUCAGCAGCUGAGAGAGGCUGUGGAGUCUCAUAAGCGCUCUGCACAGACAGCAGUGGAGGACAGUGAGAGGAUCUUCACUGAGCUCAUCUGCUCCAUCGAGAGAAGCCGCUCUGAGGCCACACAGCGGAUCAGAGAUCAGGAAAAGACUGCAGUGAGUCGAGCUGAAGGACGACUGGAGCGACUGGAGCAGGAGAUCAAUGAUCUGAGGAGGAGAGACGCUGAGCUGGAGCAGCUUUCACACACAAAGGAUCACAUCCAUUUCCUGCAGAUUUUCCAGUCUCUCUCAGCUCCUCCUGAAUCUACAGACGUAAAUGACGAUCCCUUCAGUUCUUUCUUCUCUUUUGAUGUUGUGAGAGAAUCUGUCCGUCAGCUGAGAGACAAACUGGAGGAUUUCUGCAAAGAGGAGCUGAAGAAGAUCUCUGACAGAGUCACUUUCACCAACAUUGUUCCCAGAACCAGGAACAACUUCCUACAAUAUUCCCAUCAGCUCAAUCUGGAUCUGAACACAGUGAAUAAACACCUCCAUCUGUCUGAGAGGAACAGAGUGAUUACUGGCACUCUCAUAGAGCAGCUGUAUCUUGAUCAUCCAGACAGAUUUGAUGGAUAUAAUUUUCAGGUGUUGUGUAGAGAGAGAGUGUGUGGACGCUGUUACUGGGAGAUUGAGUGGAGUGGUGAUGAUGUGUAUAUAUCAGUGUCAUAUGAGAGCAUCAGCAGGAAGGGAUUGGGUGAUGAGUGUUUGUUUGGAGGUAAUGAUCAGUCCUGGAGUUUGAUCUGCUCUUCCUCCAGUUACUCAUUCAGACACAAUAACAUACACACUGAACUCCUUGUAAAGCCCAUCAGCAGUAGAAUAGGAGUGUAUGAUGAUGAUGAUGAUGAUGAAGAGUCCAUCAGCAGUAGAGUAGGAGUGUAUGAUGAGGAUGAUGAUGAAGAGUCCAUCAGCAGUAGAGUAGCAGUGUAUGAUGAGGAUGAUGAUGAUGAUGACUUAAAGUCCAUCAUCAGAAGUAGAAUAGGAGUUUAUGUGGAUCACAGUGCAGGAACUCUGUCCUUCUACAGCGUCUCUGGAGACACAAUGAGCCUCAUCCACACAGUCCAGACCACAUUCACUCAACCGCUCUAUCCUGGGUAUGCUUUUGGUCCUGGAUCAUCAGUGAAACUGUGUUGAUGAAUCAGAAUAGACUGUAGAGAGAUUCUACCCAUAAUCCUUUGAGCUCGUGAUGAAUCAGUAACAGUGAGAUGUUAUAGAGUCUCUUAUUUUCUCUUCAUUACAUUAAUACUACAGCUGAACUUCUGUCAGUGAAAUAACAUGUCAGAAUAAAUGUGCGUAAUGAAUCCUCAUA